AACUAUACACUAUACCAAUGGUCUUAUGUUAUUAUUUUUAUUAUUAAUACGAAUUGGUAUGUAUUCGUUCAUUUGUUGGUUAUGAUUGAGUUAUGGACGGUUGUAAUGUUAUAUUAUUAAUAGCGGUCGUAUUCUUUGGGAUAAUAUAUAAAAACAUAAACUUCGAUUCAACUGUUAAUUUAAAUGAACAUUUUACUCUGUUGAACAGUGUGACUUAUCAAAUUGGCAGCAAAAACUACUCAUAUUGGAGUUUGUCCUACCAAGGAACGAUUCUUAUAAAAUUGUUUUCAAUAUCUGGAGAUUGUGAUUUGUAUAUAUCAAAAAAUGGUCUGAAACCGUUGGUAGAUCCAUUGAGAUAUGAUUUGCAUUCAGCAACUUGUGGAGUUGAUGAGGUUUUAGUACCACACUCUUUUAAACGGCCUAUUAGCAUUGGAGUCUAUGGUUAUUCUGCUUCUGAGAAGAAUUUGUGUCAGUUAGAUAUUUACAAACCCAUUGCAGAAGUUGAUGUAAUAUCAGAUUAUUUAAAAUUAAAUGGUGAAUACGUGAAUUUUGAGUUAUUACAACAAGAUCAUGAAUAUGCUAAAGAAAACAGGAUAAAUUUAGAUAUAGAAAAUAGUAGGAACAGAAAUAAUUCACCAAUACUGAAAAUAAUUGUUCAGUCUAUACUAAGCACAAGUUUUGUGAUAGAUGCCUUUCUCGAGACAUUUUUAAUAUUAAUUUAAUUAAGCUGUGAAGGAUUUAU